AUGUCUCUGCCCCUCUGUUUUCUCUUGGCAAUCUUAUUUGUCUUCCUCACCACCGCAAAAACGCGGAGGAGCUCCGGCCGAGGGUCACUUCCGCCUGGUCCACCAAGACUGCCUUUGGUCGGAAACAUAUUCCAGCUCGGCUUUAAUCCUCACCGUUCAGUUGCUGCCUUUUCGAAAACGUACGGACCUAUAAUGAGUUUGAAGCUUGGAAAGUUAACCGCUGUGGUUAUAUCUUCACCAGAAACAGCAAAAGAGGCACUUAAAACACACGAACAUGCCUUGUCCGCUCGGACCUAUAACGACCCGCUUAGAGCCUUUGAUCACCACAAACAUUCCAUUGUCUGGAUUCCUCCGUCGGAUCAUUGGAGAUUCUUGAGGAAAACAUUAACGAAAACUUUGUUGUCGCCGCAAAACCUAGACGCUAUUCAAUUUCUAAGGAUGAGAAAGGUGGAGGAACUUGUGAGCGUAGUAAACCAAUUUUGCGAGAGAGGAGAAGCUAUUGACAUGGCUCGUGCUCUCUUCGUCACAUCUUUCAAUAUCAUCUCAAACGCUCUGCUUUCCGUAGAUUUGGCCACGUAUGAAUCUAACUCGUCGUCUUACGAAUUCUAUGACGCGGUGGUUUACCUGAUGGAGAUCUCUGGGAAACCCAACGCAGGAGACUUUUUCCCGUUUCUGAGGUUUCUUGAUUUGCAAGGAAGCAGAAAAGAAGCGACGCUCUGCAUUGAGAGAUUAUUUAGGGUUUUCCAAGAAUUUAUUGAUGCAAGGAUGGACAAAAGAGUGACUCAGAAAGAGACAGAGCCUAACGAGGCUUCGACUAUCGAUAUAUUAGAUUCUCUCCUGGAUCUUACACAACAAAACGAAACAGAGUUCACCAUGAAUGAUAUCAAACACAUGCUUCUCGAUUUGUUUGUUGCGGGGACAGAUACAGUCUCUAGUUCAAUGGAGUGGGCAAUGUCGGAGUUAAUUCGUAAACCGGAGAAGAUGGUCAAAGCUCAGAGUGAGAUACGGCAAGUGAUAGGUGAAAACGGUGUCGUUCAAGAAUCUGAUAUCCCGAAGCUGCCUUACUUGGAAGCAAUUGUGAAAGAGACUCUUCGUUUGCAUCCUGCAGCUCCUUUGAUCCCAAGAAAAUCAGAAUCUGAUGUCCAAAUCCUCGGCUUCCUCGUCCCUAAGAACGCCCAGGUUUAUUUCCCUUUUCCCCCCUCUAAGUAG